CAGGCGGUUGGAGACAAGCGGUGAAAGGCGGUUGUGAAGGUACUGCCAUAAACAGAGCGCAGACUGCGCCUUUAAGAAGUGCAAAUCGAAACAGUAAAGCAUUCGCGGUGUCAAUGUACUAACAAUGAAUUUAAUCGAUAUGGUCUUGAUUCAAUUCUUGCUGUUUAAUGGCAUAUGGACCAUUAAAGCCUAGCUAGAUCUCUCUGGCUCUGAUGCAAACAUGACUUGAUUUAUAUGGUCCCACUCCAUCUGGGUCUGACUACCGCUGAGUUGACUAUACGCCUCAUCUGUCUGACAUCGAAUGCAUUUUUCAUUUCCCUCACCUGUUUGCCAUGGGAUAAAAGACAUAUGCCGGGUCUGUUUUUUUUUUUACCUGCUCUGAUGGUCUGUUUUUUUCGUGUGUGUGAACACAAAGUCAGCAUGGAAACCCUCUGAACAAGUACAUCCGCCACUAUGAGGGCCUGUCCUACGACACCGAGGCCCUGCACAGCAACCACCAGAGAGCCAAGAGGGCCGUCUCCCACGAGGACAAGGUCCUGCAACUUGACUUCCACGCACAUGGAAGGCAUUUCAAUCUGCGGAUGAAGAGGGACACCAGCCUGUUCUCUCCAGACCUCAAGGUAGAGAUAUCAGGAGUGGAGGCGCCCUACGACCCCUCCCACAUUUACACUGGAGAAAUCUUCGGUGAGAAGGGCACUUUGACCCACGGCUCGGUGGUGGACGGCAGGUUUGAAGGCUUCAUCCAGACCCACCAGGGCAUGUACUACGUGGAGCCCUCGGAGAGGUACCUCAGAGACAAGGACGUGCCCUACCACUCAGUCAUCUACCACGAGGGGGACAUCAAUUACCCUCAUAAGUAUGGGUCAGAGGGGGGCUGUGCUGACCACUCAGUGUUUGAAAGGAUGAAGAAGUACCAGGCCUCGGCUAUGGAGGAGCCUCUCAAGGAGCCCAGCAGUGUGGUGGAGGAAGAGGAGAGGUCCCAUGGACAUGGUCCGGUGAUCCUGAGGAAGAAGAGAGCAGCUCAGAUAGAGAAGAACACCUGCCAGCUCUUCAUCCAGACUGACCACCUCUUCUUCAAGUACUACGGCACCAGAGAGGCUGUCAUUGCACAGAUCUCCAGCCAUGUCAAGGCCAUUGACUCUAUCUACCAGGGUACUGACUUCCUGGGCAUCCGCAACAUCAGCUUCAUGGUCAAAAGGAUCAGGAUAAACACGACCAGUGAUGAGCGGGACAUCACCAAUCCGUUCCGCUUCGCUAACAUCGGGGUGGAGAAGUUCCUGGAGCUCAACUCAGAGCAGAACCAUGAUGACUAUUGCCUGGCCUACGUCUUCAGUGACAGGGACUUUGACGACGGGGUGCUGGGCCUGGCCUGGGUCGGAGCUCCUGCAGGGAGCUCCGGAGGUAUCUGUGAGAAGAGUAAGUUGUACUCUGAUGGGAAGAAGAAGUCUCUGAACACUGGCAUCAUCACGGUGCAGAACUACGCCUCCCAUGUCCCCCCCAAGGUCUCCCACAUCACCUUCGCACAUGAGGUUGGACACAACUUUGGCUCUCCGCAUGACUCUGGGACAGAGUGCACCCCAGGAGAGUCCAAGGCCCAGGAGAAGAAGGAGCAGGGGAACUACAUAAUGUACGCCCGGGCCACAUCAGGGGACAAGCUCAACAACAACAAGUUCUCUAUCUGCAGCGUGAGGAACAUCAGCCAGGUCCUGGAGAAGAAGAGGGGCAACUGCUUUGUGGAGUCUGGCCAGCCCAUCUGUGGUAAUGGUCUGGUGGAGGCAGGGGAGCAGUGUGACUGUGGUUACAGUGACCAGUGUAAAGACGAGUGCUGCUACAAUGCCAACGAGGCCGACGGCAACAAGUGCAAACUUAAGCCCGGCAAAAUCUGUAGUCCCAGCCAGGGUCCGUGCUGUACACCGACGUGCAACUUCAAGGGCUCCAAUGAUAAGUGUAGGGAGGAGUCAGAGUGUGCUGAACAGGGCAUGUGUAACGGAGGCACUGCCCAGUGCCCCACCUCUGAACCCAAAGCCAACUUCACCGCCUGCCAUGGAGACACACAAGUCUGCCUCAACGGGGGCUGCUCUGGCUCCAUCUGUGAGAAGUAUGGUCUGGAAGUGUGUACCUGUGCCAGUAUUGAGGGAACAGAUGAGACUGAGCUGUGCCACGUCUGCUGUCAGGAGAGAAUGAAACCCGACACCUGCAGCAGCACGGGCUCCGAAAAGUGGGCCGGCUUCUUCAGCAAGAAGAUCACCACGCUGCAGCCAGGCUCCCCCUGCAACGACUUCAAGGGCUACUGCGACGUGUUCAUGAGGUGCCGGCUGGUGGACGCAGACGGCCCCCUGGCCAGGCUAAAGAAAGCCAUCUUCAACGCAGAGCUCUACGAGAACAUCGCAGAGUGGAUAGUGGCUCACUGGUGGGCAGUGUUGCUGAUGGGCAUUGCUCUCAUCAUGCUGAUGGCUGGUUUCAUCAAGAUCUGCAGUGUCCACACACCCAGCAGCAACCCCAAACUGCCCCCACCCAAGCCACUGCCAGGCACGUUGAAGAGGAGGAGACGGCAGCAAUCGAAUGGCCAGCAGCCCCAGCAGCAGCGCAACCAACGCCAGCCCAGAGAGAACUAUCAGUUGGGUCAGAUGAGACGUUGAGACACUGGGCCCCUCUUUGCCUUGGUUCUUCCUAGUGCCUACAGUGGGAACACUUCACUCCAAAGAGUUACCUGUACCAUUCAUUGCAACCAUCCAUCUGCAAAACUAACUGGCAACAGAACUGAUUUCAAUAGACAAGACAUACAGUUCCAGGACCUAACGGACUCACCCAACACCACUGCUCUGGGAGCCAGCCGAGCUGUCUUUCACACAGUUGUAAGCAGAGAAUAUUAUAGGAAAGCUCUUGGCAAUGACGGGAAGAGAAAAUUACUGAUUUCUGUUGUUCUUUUUUCUUUAUUUUUUCCUGGAGUGCAGGGGAGCAGCAGCAUUGUGGUAAUGCAGCCUCUCCUCUCCUCCUUUUUAGCGUGUUUCAUCUGUUUGUCCUUUCUGAAGUGCUGCCCUCCUGAGCAGGAAAACAGGACUGCAGAUCACAUGGGUUUUUGCUGCCAUGCAAAGCCAGGAUGUGAGACAUUGCAGCAGAAGAGACUAAUUUGCCAAUGUAAUUAUUAUUUUGUAAUCAAAACAUGAUAAGAAAAAAUGCACAGGCUUUUAUUUCCAAAGCAUACAUGUUCUUUCUGCGUGCAAUUGUACAGGUAUUGAGAUGUAGAUUUUUUUUCUUUGUAUCAUAUGAAAUCGAUUGUUUUCCUGCUGUCUGAUAAAGAUUAUUUACUGUUUUAAUUCACUCUCUCAGGAUUAAUAAAACAAAAAACAGCCCUAUCUGUCACAUUUAGAAGCUGCUGUGGGGUGGAUCAGAACAGACCUCGGUUAUCAGAACAUGGAGGGAAUGUAAACAUAAAGCUGAAUGUGAUUAAAGCAGGGUAUAGAGAGGCGACAGAGAUGUAGAGACUGUUGUGAUAUUCGGAUGUGAUAUCGGAGGAUAUCAUUGGGCUGGUGGAAGGUGUCAUUUUUAGACAGGUUUGCUUCUAGAGGUGCAGUUUGGGGAUGCAACUGUAGCUUUUAAAUUUUUUACUUAAUUAUGGCAUAUUGUUCUCUUCAGCAAUUUUUUUCUGACUCAAUGCAUUGAUGUGAAUCACUGAACCACUAAAUACAGCAGAUGUACCUUGUCUAUUGAUCAUUCCAUGUGAGGGAUGGUUGGAGAAAGGAGAGAAUCUUCAAUGCAUUAGCAUACAAGGCUGUCCAAGGGCUGGCUGGUGCUACACCUCAUGACUAUGCCACUGAACGUGGUUACAUCAUAUUCUUCAAGUCACAGGGCCUUGGCCAGAGCCUGCGAACACAGGCCAGGGUCCAUAGGGGGCAAUAUUACAGAGGGCAUCACAGACAGUCACUGUAUUGGUCUGGACAUGCUCUCGCCUAGCUCGGCUGCCCUCGCCAAUGUUGUUACCUUAAUAAACGCACAGUCUUUAAGAGCUGACCAGGGAGCAACCGAAAGCCCUGUUACAUACCAGUUUGAAGGCAGCUUGAGGAAUCUUCUACUCUUAUGGCAUGCAUUAGGAAUGUGAAUGGUUUGCCAGAUGAAGAUCCUGGAUGGCUUUAAUGUGAUUGUUGUUUUUUCUUUUUGUUCUUAUUUUAGCAAUUCAGAUAUUUGUAUAUGGGGGAAUUGCAUCGAUAAAGUCCUACAAUGGCUUAAUGUCUGAGUGUCCAGCUAUGCCAAGCUGUUACAUAUGAACUGAGAUUGAUAAGGCUACGAAUUGCCUGUAACUUUUCUCCCAUUGGCUAUCAUUUCCAUGUUGUUUCUCUCCUAUGAUGCGUAUCUGUGUUGCAUGUCCUGUCUCUCUCCCUAACCCCACAUCUCUAUUGGAAGUACAUAGCUCUGCUCUGGGGAUGAUCUCCACCAAAAGAGACCUAUAUGUCAUAGUCUGUGGUUUGUGUAAAGACAUAAAAAAAUGUGUCUAAAUGGAGUUGAGUCUGAUUCUCCUGAGCCCAUUGCAACUCCACAGUCUGUCUGGAGGUCAGUGGGGUUUGUAAUGUACCGCUGGCUCAGAGCCACGGAGACCAGGACACAGGCAGGAUAUCCAAAGUGACACUGCUUGACUUCAGGUGUCUUUUAGAAGGUCAACUUGACUGACUGUAGGGAGAGGAUGUGGGAUAAAUGUACCGUCCUGUUUGUUGUCCUGUCUUUGUGUGGCAGGUGUGGAAAGUCUUUUGAAGUUUGUUACCAAGGUCUCUCAAAUCAGAAUGAGCAUAGACUAGCACUCAAUGUCAGGAGGUAACCCUAAGUCCUUUUAUUUUUGAUGACUUUGUUUAUCCCAUUUAAAUGAUGUGACUAUAUUGAUAUUAUAUGACUGAUUCUGGCCCAUUAUGCCUUAUCAGGUAGGUAGACCCUAGGCAGUGUGUCCUGGAGCUUAAUUAAAGUCAAGCAGGACUCUUCACAUAUUAAUGCCUUCAUUCUUUCCUCCCAAAACUGGUCAAUAUUGAAUGAGGAAAAAUGACUCUUAUCUAUGUAGCCACAUACAAUGUCUACAAGAGAGCCUCUGAAAUGGAAAAAAAAACUGAUCCUCCCUUGAUUCUAACUCUGUUUUUUCUGUUUGGUAUUGGUGAGUAUGGGUUUGUGCUGGAUAAUAAAAUAUUGUUUCUCAUUACCUUUGGCAUUUAGUAAGGCUCAUCGGAGUGUGGUCGUCUUAAAUUCAUUCUUCUCAUUGUCUUUUUAUUCCUGUGGUAAGGUAAUAGGUGGGUGUAUAGGGGGUGGUGCCUGGGAUUUACAUUUCUGUCUUUAAUUUGUCUUGCUACAUUUUUUUUGAGAAACGCUUGCUCUGAAAUGUAAACCGAGAGAAUCCAGAAUGGGAAAGUCUAAUACUGCUGUCUGAUUUGAAUGUCUGCUGUGUUUUAAACAGUAUCUUCGAUUUUCUUUUCAUGGUUCUGUUUCCCGUUCUACUCAAAUUUAAACAUUUUACUAAAAUUGCAAAAAGUAUUGUGCAAAUGUUGUUUUGUUUUUUUAACUACUUGAAAUGCUUUAAUAAAAAUAGACUUGAUCAAAAGAAA